AUGGGAAAGCAUUUGAUAUCUGCAGGCCAUUUUGUUGUAGCAUUGGACUACGUUCUAAUUUCGCUUCACUUCGUUGCUCGCAUUACGCCUCAAAGUUUGAGUGUCUGGGAAUCCGAGUUUUGUGAUUUUAAAUGUCUUCAGCCUCUCUUGGAAACGUAUUACGAGGAUAUUCUGGCUGCUUUGUUUGCUGUUGUUUGCGCAUCCUUAGAAAACCAUUCUCAAAGUGCCGCCGUAGUCUCCUUGCUUCAUGAUCUGGCUUUUUGGAUCCAAUCGAGCAACGAACCGAAAAUUAUCCAUCACUUUGUUCGACUUCUGACGAUCGGAACUCCAAACGUUCUCUCUUCACUAAUUCGAGUUCUUCCCACAAAUUCAGCCAAUUCCUUUGUUUGGCUCUGCAUUAAAAUUUCUGCUCCACUUCGUCAUCGCAUAAAUCGUGCUUGUGUACAUGUUUUGGUGGGUUCAUACAUUGAGAUCUUCGAAAGUGACGCAAACAGCCAACCGAAUUUAUGCGUACUAGCGGAACUUCUCAAUCCCUACUUAGAGAGCCUUAAUGAUGUUGAAGAAAAUAAAUUGGGCCAUCAGGAUGUUGUCUUCAUCAUUCGGAUGUUUUCUGAGGUCGCUUGUAGAUCUCCUUCGGCUUGCCGCUUCCGGUAUGCAUUGCUUCAGUCUUUUAUUUGUCCCUACCUGAUUUCCGUUCGAAUGGUCAGCACACCUCAGAUUGCCCUAGCCCUCGAGCUUGUUUCCUCGUUCAUCCGUUUGGUCGGUGAUCUCUCGGAGCUAGAGGCAAUUCAAACGGCUUCUGAUGCCCUCCCUCAUCUUAAUCAUGUCAUCCUCAAUGCACCCGUUUCAGCGGCUAGCAUGAUGCCUGUUGUCAAUGCAUUUGUCGACUCCCUCACUCUCUCCACUUCGGUUUUAUGGCCACCAUACCUGACUUUCUGUGAUAUCAGUGGCGACCCGAAAACUCUUCUGCUUAAGUCGCUUGUACUCAAUUUCCUUCAACUCGUCCUUCGAUGCGUACAAGCUGAACCAUUCGCGACCCACUCUGACCUCAGGAUCAGUGCCUGGACUGCUCUUUGGCGUGUUUUGUCUCACCCACAAUGUAGACAUUGGAUGUCACAACCAUUUCUUCGUACCGGAACUGGUGGCUCUUUGCUUCUUUCACUAACGAAGGCGGCAGAGGGCCAACUUGAUGACAUGGUUGAUGCGUCCAUCAACCUUCAUGUUUCGCUGAUUGGAGUGUUAUGUGGCCUCUACAGUGGGCAAAAAUUCAUCCUAGAACCAAAGGUAAGGACUCUAUCCAUUCCUCCAAGCUACUACCUGAAUAUGGAGAAGAAAAUGUACGUCCACAAAGAUUCACCCGUCCAAAAGCACAUUGACCUUCUCUUCUUCAUUUUCCAUCGAUUUUUGCGUAUCUGUGACCUCAGAAAACCUGCUCACCCUUAUACAUUGAAAAGUUUUGUGCAAAAAGUCCUUAAGCUUCGAAGACACGACCUCAUAGGCAAUGUUGCGGUCAAUAACAAUCAAAUUAGAGCAUGGAUAUCCAACGUAAUUACUGAUGUACUGGAGUUGCUGCACUCCCAACAGCCUCAGAAUGAAGACUCCAAUCAUUCGAUUCCGGAUCUCCUUGUUGAGUUCCUUGAAUUCUUUUGUAUUAGAAAUGAAAAUGAGUCAUUGUCUCGUCUGUUCCAAAUCACUUCCGUCCAACUCAGCAGUUUACUUCAACUUGCCAUUAAAACCAAUUCUCGUAGGUUGAAGUUGCGAAUUGUCCGUCUCCUAGUGGGAUGGUCAGGCCACACGGACCCCUUGGAACCUGAGUGCUUCCUUGCAUGGCCUCAGUACCUGAACUUCUCUUCACCUGCCACUCUCGACCAGUCACAAACCGUUGAUCCAAAUGAUACUUCAGUGUUCAAAAACUUUGCCUUUGUUCGGUCAAGUAUCUCGCUUGAUCAAUGGCAGUUUGACCCUACUUGCGCUUAUCCAUUAACCCUCAUCUCCACGAUCUGGCCUCUGUCUAACGAUCAGUAUCCGGUUGAUCAUGACGGACGACUCGUUUGGUUAGUUCCCUCAACCAGGGGUGUUUACACUCGUGUCAAACGAAGGGAUCUCUGUAUGGUGAACCAUUCCAAAAGGAACUCUUCGGAGUUUAUCUUGUUCGGUGACGCGUACCUCUCGGAUGCUCUGACUUCCAACUUUUGGGGUCAUAUGCUAUUUAGUAUUCUGUGGAACAAGAACUCAGAGGCGAAUCUUACGGGGAUUGUAUCCGUCACAACCAAUGCAUCAACGUACACAGAAUCAACAAUUAAACUUUCUCCUUUGGCAUCCUCUCAAAUUCCGGGCAGGAAUUGCGCAUUUAACCUUGCACACAGACGUCAAUUCACGAAUAGUAUGUGUUUAUUAAGCUUAUGGAUGGGUCAUGCAACUGCUGCAUUUGAAGUCUCGAAGAAUGCCAUUUCGAAAGAAUCUUACAUCCUUACCAAUGGAUUUCAUAUAUUCACCGGUGAUAUUCUCUCCCAAACGCCAGCCAAAUCAACAGAAGGAUCUCGAGCAAAGUUAAGGGAACUGGCUCUUUACUUUGCUCUAUGUGGACCCUUGUGGACUGUCAAUCUGCUCUCUUCCUCCAGAGAUGUCUGGCCUACAUUGUCAGCUAGGGGUCGUUGCUAUCUCAAUUCUCUCCUUCUCCGUCUUCCUCCACGAGAAUUAGGGGAUUUGUUUAUGCGAGGACAGUGCCUCCUGGAUGCUGUGACACAGUUUCGAGGUAGUACAACGCCUUGGAUCCACACUUUGAAGAAAUUAAUCCGUCGCAACCUCUUGGUUUCCACUGGGUACCCAUCAUUGGCCAGUGUUAAGUGGACUAUUCGGAUUCCUCCAAACCAUCUUAUUCCUUCACCCUCCCCAGAUUUUACCUCAUUAAUCCAUGAAAAGAUGAGAGGUCCAGUUUUACAAGUUGAUUCAAAACUGUGGGCGGUUGACCUUACGUCAAAUCAUGAUGUCGAAGUCACUGAUCAGAGCAUCAACUGCCUGACGAAGUGUAGCGUUGAUGCAGCCAUCGCGUCUAUCGGCGGCAUCGACUUAGCCUUUUUCCUCGCUGGCACAGCUGCUUGCGCAUCUGAUACUGACGCCGAGAUGAUUGCAGCCUCUCUCGACUUCGUUCUCACUCUCACAAGGCACUCCAUCGUCGCCGCCGAAAAGUUUUAUCGGCCUCUAUCAGAGGAACUCAUUUCCCAAUGCUCUCCUGACGCCUUUGACCGUUUGCACAUAACAAACUAUGGUUUAUGUCUUUUGACCUCUCUUAUAAAUCGAGUCUGUUUGAGGCGGUUGAGUCUCGCAUUGCAUGAGAUAUUCGUAAAACACGCAUAUGUGAAAGUUGUCGAUGAAAAAGUCCAUCUCCUGAUAGAUCCCGAGCUAGUCAUUUGCCAAAUAAUGUUUUCAUCUCUGGAGAGCCUUCCAGCCAUACUCAGUGCGGUUGGAGAUUGCUUUGUUAAUGCAAAUGGGAGUCACAACCAAAUCUUGGCCUGCAAUAUUGCAAGUGUGGACGGAUCUCGACUGAUUGAAGCUGCAGUUACUAGCUUUCGGAUUUGCUUUCCCACAUCGGAUGGCUCUGAGGAUGUUAAUCGAGCCUUCGAAUCAACAAGUGAAUCACUUUCUCGACUGCUUUCUCGACGUCUAGUCGUCUCUCCUCCACCAUCUGCCCUUCUCACGUUCCUGCUGCAAACAUUGGCCUCAGUUGAUCCCGAUCUGUACCACUGUGCGGCUGCACGCGCCUUCGCAUCGAAGGCGCGCGAUACUUCCCUGGCUGUGGAUUUGGUGGACCUUACUCGAUCUCGCCUAAGGUUCCUUAGAGGUGUGGCAAUCUCUACCUUCAGUGCCGCUCCCUCAAUCAAACGAGGUGAGGUGCCUACAUUUACUUAUUUGGUGAUGCUUUUCAUUACUGAACUUAUUGAGGGCUUUGACCCUCUCAUCGCAAUCAUUUUUCAAUAUGAGGCCGUGGUCCCAAAGGCAAAAGUUUUCCAAGCAUUAACUAAUGAAUCCUCUGAAGACUGUGCUGAGCAGCAUCCGUCUUCACCCUUGAGUGUUACUACAUCACUUCCCUUAAUCCCUCUACAUCCCCUCCUUACUCUAGAGGGUGUAAGCGAGGCUGAGGCUGCUACUCUGGCUAAAUUUCGGGAAAACAUUCUCUCUGGUUGUGACCAAAGUGAUUCUAGUCUAUCAUCCACUCUCUUCGGCUCGUGUAACAGUUUGUUGGAUUUCGGAAACCUUGAUGCAGUCGAAGAGGAAAUAGAAAACGGCUGUGGGCGUAGCUCUUUGCUCACACGGUAUCACAGUUUACCUGAUAUCUCGAUGUCAGUGUCGGAGUCUUCCUCAUUUGCGUCACAGUCCGUUACAGAAGCUUCCACUUCUUUGACCAAUGGUGAAACAGGUCCUUACGAGAAGCAGUGUUAUUUUACUACCACUGACCUUGACGCACCGGUAAUAUCUCCGCUUCAGCUCUCUCAAAGGCAUCAUCUUGCCGCUUUGAUGCUGUCCGCUCUUACCCAAUUCUGGCAAAUGACAACAGCAAGAGCUGUUGUCGGAGCUGAGCUAGAAAAGAAUCUUUUAAUUCCUCCAUUCUGGCUCAUUUACCACCUCGGCUGCCAUCCCUGCGUCAAAUUUCGUGAACACGCCUUGUCUCUUUAUAUGACGUUGCUGAGCGUGCAGUCGGAUUGUAAAAUGUGCCACUCUUCGAUCUCUGACCGCGUCUUGGCAAUGCAAUUCCUUUCGGACACUUCCUCGAUUACGCUUCAGUACUGCUCGUCAGUGACGGAGAUGCGGUGUGCCGCCAGAUGUGUAUUAGAUCCAGGUGGCUGCUCCCUUGUCUCUCUUGCACAUUUCGCUUUGACUUCACAAUCGUUACUUUCUUCUGCGUGCAAAACCCUCGAUUCAGUUGUCAACACGAAGCCAAAUCAGGCUGCAGAGAGCGUCGUAGUUCCCGCAUCUAUUGCCUUGGCAGUUAUUGCGUCUUCUUUGGUGGAUAUUGAAUCAUUCCGGCAGAUAUGCAAUGAAAAACCAAUUGAGAAAGCUUUAUUAGUGGAACAAACCAAUCGGUGUAUGGAAUGCCUCGACAUUCUCUCAAAUUUCUUCAACUUUGUAAAGGCGGAUUUUGACUUUCUAAUUUCUCUUUGCAACUCCUUUUCCCUGUACAUUCUCCUGGAAAUGGUAUUCUUUCUCCAAUCCACUUGUUCGGAAGCUGUCAGUACCAACGCCUACACUGAACGAUUUCACGAGCUUGGGAACUUGAUUUCUCGUCUACUGAGUUCCAUCAUCUCCAGAGCCAAGGAUCGGGUUACAUUUGGUCAAGCCAAAGGGAUAAUUUCUCAUCUACGUUUCGGUGGCAACUCCAUCGACAGGAAGGACCGUCCAGCCUCCAACCAGAUGUGCAUUGUUCGUGAGGCUCUUCUUCGUGUCUUACUCUCAUUAUCUGGACGCAUCCUCAAGGAUCUUAAUGGAGAUGCAUCGGACACGGAAUCUCUCCUAUCGCAACUCUGUUGGACGGCAGUUGCAGUUGAAGAUACUCUUCUUUACAAAGGAUCGGCGACAUCUCUUGAAUCAUUGACUGCGGAUCCACCAAGUCUUGAAUGCCCACAGUUUCCCAUCAUUCAUCUACUGGAGAAGGCCCUUAUAACUCUCUUUGUGAACUCUGCGUCUCAUGCCAUGCGGAACACCGGAGAUGCGAUUUGGCCCAUACUAUCGAGCAGUCUUAUGCGUCUGUUGCACACAUGGUGUGAAGCUUUGUUGGAAACAUUUACGAUUUCAUCUACGGGUCUUUGGCUUUUAACCCUCCUUUCCCAAGAGCCCGACAUCAUCCAACAUGGGGCAGUUUUUUACUACUCUAAUAUUCUCAUUGAACUGAGGAAUAAUCUUCAAAUGUUAGAGGCCGUCUUUUCGAUCAAACCGAAGAAACCUAAACCACUCGAGUGCAAUCGAGGAACACACGAAGACACACCGUUAACUUAUAGCGCAUACGGAAAUGACUUUGUAGGCGACCAUGACGAAGCUGCAAGACGGAAAAUCGAUUAUGAUAAGGUCUCGAAUGCUGUGAAAAUUUUGCUCGAGUGGGUGGAAAAGCUGUGUUCCAACUUCGAUCACAUUCCGAAAAAAUCAUCCCAACUUGCGAUACCCACUCCCACACUACCCAUUUCUGAGCUGAAUCUCUGUCCUCCGUUGCACGUUGAUCAAUUUGAUUGGCUCUCACCACUACGGGGAGCCAAUGAGGAGAGUCAACACCAAUGGUCGAUGCUCGUCUCCCAGCAUAGACACAUCCUCGAUGUGGUGGCUCCGUUCUACUGGAUGCAGCUAAGUGGUGCUAUGGGUCAUGAAUGUUCCGUCUUUUGCGUCGGGGCCCUAAAGCCUGCCUUUUCACACGUUGACACCUUUGAAGAUGAGUCGAGACGGCGCUGUCGACGACGGCCAGUGGUUAUUUGGAUUGACGAUCGUUUUGUGAGAUCGCCGUCUGUAAAUGCUUUAGGCCAAUAUCUUAAGAGUCAUCCGCUGAGUCCUCUGAUGAUGCACCAAUCGACCUACACCCCGGCUAGAGGACUGGCAAGGAAGCGCUGCCUCCUGACACCACACAUCCAGUUUCCACCCUCUUGUCAAGCUCUCUUUCCGCCGCCAGUUGCAUUCUCAGACCGGUGUCUCGGCGUCUGGUCGUGUCGACUAGUCGGAAUCUCUGAUUCUAUUCCGCUGAAUGGAGAUCUCACUCUAGAUGCCAACUGGAUCCGUCUAGUUAUCAACGACAAGGAAUUGUUGGAGUUUACUAUGCGCAAUAGGCAUUGCACUGGCGCACUGAUGCAUGGUUUAGGUGGGGAAGACAGCCAGAAGGAAGUACUGGCUUGUCCCCUACGUACAAUCACACGCGUGGAAGAGAGGCGUUUUGAACUUCGCGAUCUUGCUCUGGAGCUCUUCUUCGAGCGUGCUUGUAACAUGCCGCCUAUAAUGAUAGCUUUUUGUUCGAACAAGAAUGCUUCCCAACAUGGAUAUCUGUUCUGUCCAAAGGAACGCGACCAUUUUAUUCGGAGUCUGGUGGAGGCGUGUGGUUCGUUGUGCACUCGUCCACUCGAUGAAUGGUGGCGGAUACCUGCAGGACGGCGGAUGACUGUCCUCGGCCAAGCUACGUCUGUCAGAUCUAGUCGAGGGCAGCGACUCUCAUUGCGAGACCUUUGCGAUAUCCUUGUAACACCUUUUUCUACGCCAUUUGUUGGUCCCAUCAGCCGUGCUCGCCUUCUCGACGCUCAAGUCGCUUGGCUCCGUGGUCAGAUAUCAAACUUUGACUACAUAAUGGCACUCAACACUGCUGCUGGAAGGACAUACAAUGAUAUUACACAAUACCCUAUCUUCCCCUGGAUCAUUGCCGAUUAUGAAAGUGAGGUGCUUGAUCUCGAGAAGCCGUCAAUUAGUUUUCGACGCCUAGAUCGACCCAUCUCGGUGCAAACAGAGUCUCGCAUAAGAGAUGUUUCAAGGCACUACGAAGAGAUGAAAGCGCAGCAGCUGGAGCUGGAUGUUGCUGUUGGGGAAGACCAGAGAACACUGUUUUGUCCCAUUUUUCACUACCCUUCAUUCUGCUCAAACGAAGCUAUCACAUUACAUCUCCUCUUUCGUCUCAUCCCGUAUGCCUUUCGUCUAAUACAAUUCCAAGAUGGAAAUUUUGACGACCCUAAUCGCCUCUUUCAUUCGGUCGCUUCUGAGUGGUCACUAACCACGAGUUCCACAGCCUUUGCUAAGGAAUUGGUUCCCGAGUUCUACUUUCGACCAGACAUGUUUAUCAAUUGUGAAAACUUUGAACUCGGCGCUCGACAUGAUGGAGAAAUCGUCGAUUCGGUCAAGCUACCUCCUUGGGCUAAAGGUGAUCCACGUCUCUUUGUCCUUGUUAACCGAGCUGCCUUGGAAAGUUCUUACGUUACUGCUCACCUACCCGAGUGGAUUGAUCUCGUCUUUGGCUAUAAACAAACCGGUCGUUGGGGUGAACGCGCCAUUAAUCUCUACCAUCCAUUUACGUAUUUCGGGGCAAUUGACGUUGAAAACAUUGAGGACCCUUUGCGACGUGGGGCUGUGGAGUCUAUGAUCCGUAACUACGGCCAAGUACCACGCCAAUUGUUUCCAAAUCAUCCUCAUCCUCGAAGAACCACCUCCUUUAUCACCGUCAAAACCUCUACAGACCGCCACAGAUACUCUGAUUUCUUCAAUCUCUCCCGAAUAAUUCGCUACGUUCUUUCGCGUCAGCAAGCGACUAUGAUGCUUCGCAGAGCCGAGGAGAACGAGUUUCAAUCAUUCCAAUCAGUGGUCGAUUCGCCGAUUGCAAUGGUCAAGCCAUUGACAACGGAGGAGGAGGAGCCUUGGUCAAAUCCUGGAAUAAGUGCAGCUACUUCAGUUCCACUCACUGCCGGUGCGCCAUUGGACACUGUGCAGGGACUGCGUUGGGGUAAAUGGGCUGGAAGCCCUCAAUUGGAGCCGCUCGGAAUCAGCUGGUAUGCUAACCUUCAAGGCGGCUCACGACCCUACCGCCUUCGCAGCAACUCUUCCGAGCAACCUUACGCUCCUUGGACCAUUUUAGUCACAGAUUCCCGUGCUUCUCUGGUUCUCCUUCGUCUUCCCUCCUACCCUCUUUUACUUGUCAAAAUUACUCUUCUCUCCAAUGUAAUUACAUUGACUGCCAGGCGUUUUGUUGAUGGGCUUGAGUUAUAUUCCACUACUAUACCAGUGCCGUUUGUGGAGCAAGCGUCAAUUUUUAUUGCUGCUCCUUCCGUUGAUGCAAAGCCCCUUUCGCACAACGCCCAGAUCCAUUUGCUCGUGCUAUAUCAACAUAUUCCGCUUUCAUCCGAAGGUCUCUUCAGCUUUGAUGAUCUCAUUGACGAUUACUCGAAGGCGCGCGGAGGUCGAAAUGAUAAAAAAGUACGCCUCUCCUCCUCCCAUGUGAACGUGGGUUGGCGAUAUCUGAUCGGUCACAUAGGCGCCAACGUCAGUUGCGUUGACACUUGUGUCCAACACGGACUGAUUGCCAGCGGAGAUACAAAUGGUCGUGUAGUUGUCUGGGAUCUUGCCUCCACAGCAUUCAUUGCUCUUUUGGAAAUGGACGAAGACAGUGGCGUUUUUGGGAGAGUUUGUGGUCUGGCCUUUGAUCAAACGUUGGGUGAUCUUUUGGUAGCUCGAACCGGGCCUGCUGGAUCUCACGAGACCUGGAUUGGGCUGUUCACGGCAGACUGCCGGCAGAGCUGUAGCAGAAUCCUCGAUUUUCAAGCUGAGACGGGAUUUACGACCAACACCGACUCAUAUCCCUAUUUUAACUCGCACGACAAUCUGCCUAUCGUAUUUUCCCACCACCAAGGUUGUCAAGUUGGUUGUAUCCUCAUCGGUGGUCCAGGUGGCUGCCUUAUUUGGCUCAGCAGUUGGACUCUUAAUACUGUCUCUGUCAUGCGGUUGGAUCAACCUUCACCAUGUCCUGUAAUCGCUCUGUCAUUUGUCCCGUCAUCAUCAGUAUCUACCAUGAGGCCCGCUGAUCAGACCCAUACGGAUUCCGCCCUUUACAUUAUCGACUCUGAAGGUUGGAUUUAUUUCUUGGAAUCGAGCCCUAAGGCACCGCCGCGCCAACUCAGGAUUUCAGCACCAGGAACGCGGAAGUAUCAAGACAGUAAUUCUCUCCUUCUCCCGGGCGUCUGGCUUUGA